GCCGAAUACGCUCGUGGAAUUUCCCAAUGCCCCACCGACGGCCUAUCAUGUGUUCUGGAACACGGUGGACGAGGAAAAUUUCUGGACAAGGAAAAGUUGACAGUAUAUCGAUUUUUCACAACAAGUGUGCCCAACGGUCCUCCAAAAGCUGCACCUCGAAGAGAAGGCAGCGAUAAGGAGCGCAAAUUUGUGCGAAUACCCUCGAUGAACAACCUACCGGACUUUUCAACGAUUUUGGAGGGCAACCCAUCCACAGAGCCGACUGCAUACGCUCAGAAUCCACUGCAGUUCAGUACUGCCCCGAACACGACCACAGCCACAGUGUUCACAAAAACCCAGCGCUCUUUCCAGACCACUAUCUACGGUGAAUGCCGACUUGUUGGAGCGACCCGUCUACCUCCCAACCAUACUCCGCUGGGUAUCUUCUCCGGCCAAGUUUGUUUUCUUGGGCAAACGGGCCGCCAAGUGCACGCACCGCUCUCAACUCAUGCCUUCCGAACCUACACCAGAUGGCAUCUGCAGGAAUGCGCCAAGGCUGUGGCAUCUACCGAAGAUGACAAGAAAGGGGGGAUAACUGACUCGACCAGUUCGCCUGUGAAGGCCGGAGAGGCUAACUCCACCUCCAUGGCUACUUAUCGUAGCAAUAAAGUGCGCGACAAGCCAAGAAAGGACCUAACCAAGCUCCCAGAAGCCAAGUUGGUCUCAUUGUUCGAACAAGCGAUACUCGCCGGUGACUUCGAAGACGCUCUUCUUCUGUCAGAUUACCUGCUCAAUCGUGCCAGGUGGCACCAACUGGGUAUAGCCUGUGUGAAGAGUUUAGACUUUGAGUGUGCUAUUCAAGCAUUUCGAAGACUUAAUCACUGCGGCCUGGUCCUCGCUGUGCAGCGAAUGGCUGCAGUUGAGGAGAAGCACCUCCUCUAUGGCUACGUCUCCAUGUUCUUGGGCGAUUUUGAUCGAGCUCAAGAAUUCUUCCUUGCGUCUUCAAAACCAGUCGCCGCUCUAGAGAUGCGUCGUGACCUCCUCCACUGGGACGCAGCACUGCAACUUGCCAGAAGUCUGCAGCCCUCCCAGGUGCCCCUAAUCAGCCGUGAGUACGCCUUCGAGUUGGAGUGUCGGGCCCUGGACCGGACCCCAUGCGCGGACAAGGCUUCCCUUCUCGAAGGCGUGGAAUGGUUAUGUGAAGAGCCUCUGGUAGCAGACAUCUCCGCAAUGGGCGAUGUUGCCGUUAGUGACUGGAAUGAGCAUGAGGCCUUGUGCAAUGCGGGAAUCGCUCGUAACACCAUUCGACUGGGUGACUACAAACGGUACGCUUUUGAGACUGUUCAGUCUUGUGAAAAUAUUCUGUCAUUAACUCUGCCUCCUUAG